UUAUCUUAUUAUGUUUUGUAAAAGGUGCAAGGUAACAUUAAAUAAUAGCAGUUGUCCUUGGCUUGAUCUUCAUUUUAAUGAGGAGGCUUCUCAUGUUUUACUAAGUCUGAAAUCGGCCCUAUAUUUCCAAUAGUUAUUCGUCAUCAAGGACAGUAUGCUGGAAUCCUACAUUAAUUGCCAAGAGUGCACACCAGGAAUGGACAUUCAGUUUCAUCAAAGGCUUUCCUAUAUCUAGCAAAAUCAUCAAAUGCCUUUCCUCCUUGGACCUAUUAAUGUGUUGACUUAUUAACUCUUCUGAGCUAAAUCAUCCUCUUGUUCCUGGAAUAAAGCCCACCGGGUCAGGCUCUAUUGUGCUUACAAAUGCUGCUGAGUUCAUUUUACUGAUGUGUUGCUAUGUUGCUGAGGGUAUUUUUCACUAUUUUCAGAGGAAACUAUGCCCCAGACGUCCGUUGUCUUCUCCAGCAUCCUUGGGCCCAGCUGUAGCGGACACGUGCAGCCUGGCAUGGGGGAGCGUGGAGGUGGGGCCGGUGGCGGCUCUGGGGACCUCAUCUUCCAAGAUGGACGCCUCAUCUCUGGGUCCCUGGAGGCCCUGAUGGAGCACCUUGUUCCCACAGUGGACUAUUACCCCGAUAGGACGUACAUCUUCACCUUUCUCUUGAGCUCCCGGGUCUUUAUGCCCCCUCAUGACCUGCUGGCCCGCGUGGGGCAGAUCUGCGUGGAGCAGAAGCAGCAGCUGGAGGCCGGGCCUGAAAAGGCCAAGCUGAAGUCCUUCUCAGCCAAGAUCGUGCAGCUCCUGAAGGAGUGGACGGAGGCCUUCCCCUAUGACUUCCAGGACGAGAAGGCCAUGGCCGAGCUGAAAGCCAUCACACACCGUGUCACCCAGUGUGACGAGGAGAAUGGCACAGUGAAGAAGGCCAUUGCCCAGAUGACCCAGAGCCUGUUGCUGUCCCUGGCUGCCCGGAGCCAGCUCCAGGAACUGCGAGAGAAGCUCCGGCCACCGGCUGUAGACAAGGGGCCCAUCCUCAAGACGAAGCCACCGGCCGCCCAGAAGGACAUCCUGGGCGUGUGCUGCGACCCCCUGGUGCUGGCCCAGCAGCUGACUCACAUUGAGCUGGACAGGGUCAGCAGCAUUUACCCGGAGGACUUGAUGCAGAUCGUCAGCCACAUGGACUCCUUGGACAACCACAGGUGCCGAGGGGACCUGACCAAGACCUACAGCUUGGAGGCCUACGACAACUGGUUCAACUGCCUGAGCAUGCUGGUGGCCACUGAGGUGUGCCGGGUGGUGAAGAAGAAACACCGGACCCGCAUGUUGGAGUUCUUCAUUGAUGUGGCCCGGGAGUGCUUCAACAUCGGGAACUUCAACUCCAUGAUGGCCAUCAUCUCUGGCAUGAACCUCAGUCCUGUGGCAAGGCUGAAGAAAACUUGGUCCAAGGUCAAGACAGCCAAGUUUGAUGUCUUGGAGCAUCACAUGGACCCAUCCAGCAACUUCUGCAACUACCGCACAGCCCUGCAGGGGGCCACACAGAGGUCCCAGAUGGCCAACAGCAGCCGUGAGAAGAUCGUCAUCCCUGUGUUCAACCUCUUCGUUAAGGACAUCUACUUCCUGCACAAAAUCCAUACCAACCACCUGCCCAACGGGCACAUUAACUUCAAGAAAUUUUGGGAGAUCUCCAGACAGAUCCAUGAGUUCAUGACAUGGACACAGGUAGAGUGUCCCUUCGAGAAGGACAAGAAGAUUCAGAGUUACCUGCUCACAGCGCCCAUCUACAGCGAGGAAGCUCUCUUCGUCGCCUCCUUUGAAAGUGAGGGUCCCGAGAACCACAUGGAAAAAGACAGCUGGAAGACCCUCAGGACCACCCUCCUGAACAGAGCCUGAGGCGGAUGCAGCCCGCGACGCCAGAGGAAGCACGCGCACUAACUGGGUUUAAAUUUUGACUGAUGUGGGUUGAGAUGAGGAGGCCUCACUGGUUGGGGUCCAUUUUGUAUAUAACUUUUAUGAGAAAAAAAUGGUAAUUAUUUCACACAUCAACCUUUGGCACUUACAAAGUUUUUUUUUGUUUAUUUUAAAUAACAGGGCAGGGCCCUGCUUUGGGGAGGGGGAGGGGAGAGUAUCAUGGGAGAUGGUAUCCAUGAUAACAUCUUAUUCUAAUGAAAUGUAGAUUUUUAUUUUCUACUUUUGAUUAUUAACAUCUUAUGAAAAAAAUAUUUUAAAAAACCCAACCAAAACCAACGUGAGCCCUGCCUGCUCGGACGCCUUUCCAGCCAGUGUCUCUGACGUCGGGGUUAGUGCCUUAGAGGGUACUGGGGUCUGGUCUUCCUGCUCUGUGGUUCGGGCUGCGGUGAGUCCCACUCCACCUAGGCGCCUGCCCUCAGGAGCCUGGGCUGCGAGGCUCCACAGGAGGGCUGGUGGCUGGGAGGUCGCGUCCGCACACUUCUGGAAGUGAGCCUUUGAGUACGGGCUGUCCAAAGUUUACAUUUUCAUUUUCCUUUCAGGGAUUUGUGGGGUCAGGGAGGGGCAGGGGGCACCUGGCAGCAUAUUUUCUGUGACAAUGUGUCCAGCAAAUCAUUCUUCAACUACAUUUUAGAAAGGAGGAAAUCUAAAAUAAGGUAAGGGAAAGAAGCAUGGAGUUGUCAGUUUUCUGGGCUGUGACUGAAAGACACACUGAGCUGUGAUGAAGAAAAAUACACAGCCGACUCCAGGGUGGUGACAUUUAGAGCUAGUCUUGAAACCUACCUACAGAGCGGAGGGCAGCCAACAGCCGUCUUCCCACCUGGGUAGGCAGCGCCCUAAUUGGAAUUGGAAACAGAAAAUCCGCCAGGCCAUACUGCUGGAGCCCAUUCAGAUAAAACUGCCCAAUACUGAGAGGUGUUUUCUACACCCAGCUAGAGGAGCACACUCCAUUUUCCCACGUCUGACUUCCUGGUGUGAGCCCUGGGCCCUACUGACCAUGGCGCAGGACAGCUGUCCUUCAGAAAGUGUGCGGUCCAUCCACACGGACCGUCUCCCUCACAGGAACUCCGCAUCCUCGUCCCUCUCUGCAUUUCCAGUUUCUGCAGGAGCCUUGAUCAAUGGGGAAGCCUGGGUGAGGAUGGGCCAGGUCCCAAUUCCCAAAGCUCCUGGAAGAGCCUGAAGACAUUGGGAGAGGCUGGGCCUGGGGAGGAGGCGGCCCUGGGCCCGCUGCCCAUGCCUCUGGUCCUGGGUGGAGCAGGAAUAGUUCCACUGUAUUGUCACAGUGUGUUUGCACUUUCCGAGGUUCUAGCUAGUACAGAUUGUAUAUUGAUAGUACAUAUUGCUUUAUGUCUUUGAGAUGAGAAAGGCUUAACACUUGAGAAUAUAUAUUUGGAAUACAGCCUUAGAACGGUUUCUGUACACAUCCACGUGCACUUCACGGGUGAUCAGUUCUAGUACCUACUUGAAACAGUGUCUGUCUGCUACUUUAUUUUCCCAAUUUGAUACAUACCGAUUUGAUGUUUUGGUAUUUGAGAUGAACUCUGAGUAUGAAGCUGUACCAUAAUGCAGGACGUCAGUUUUGGUGUGACUGGACAUACUUGCUUCAAUAAAAGAACACAUCACUCCCCUC